CAUUCUCCCAGCUCUGGAGUGUGAAAGAGCCAGCGAUGUAAACUCAGACUCCGGAACUGACUUUGCCGCUGGAUUUUGCCAGGCUGGAAGUGAGGGCACUGAAGUGAUGGAGGAGACUCAGAAAUCAGCUCAGGCACCCAACUGCCGCCUGGCACACGUCUUUCAGGUUGUCAGGAUUAGUCUUGUCUCCUACCCUCAUCUCUUCUCCCUGAUGCUGUGUGUGCUGACGUUGAGUGGGGUGGAUGCCAGCACAGAGACACUGUGUGGGGCAGAGCUGGUGGAUGCUCUCCAGUUUGUGUGUGGCGACCGAGGCUUUUAUUUCAAUAAACCCACAGGCUACAGGUCAAGUGUCAGGCGGCCACACAGAGGGAUUGUGGAUGAGUGCUGCUUCCAGAGUUGUGACCUCAAGUUGCUCGAGAUGUACUGUGCAAAGCCUCAGCGAGCAACUGGCCCCGUACGUAUCCAACAUCACACUGAGAAAGGACAGAGGGAGAAUGUGUGGAGGAACCCCAACCGGGCUAAUGCCAGCAGUAUCCAGCGAAAUUCCCGGAUCUGAGAGAGUAGGCAAUGAAGGGAUCAGAGGCGAACCUGUUCCAGGAUAACACUGGUGUGGGCUCACUGCAUAGCGAAACACCGUUCAACAAUCAAUAGUCACACACUGGUCACAACAAGAGAGAUCUGUUAUUGGGUGCACACUUCUUAUGGAAAGCACAAAUCCUCUGUUGCCUUGUCAGA